GAUCUUGGCCUUGCGACCAAACCAAACCGGGGUAAUGUAAUGCGUACCAUAUAAGUUGGUUGGAUGUCAAAAUAAAGGAGGUGGUGAUGCAGUCUGUUACAGCUUAAUCUCCAGCUUUGCUUGCUGCCAAAUUUAUCAGAAAAAAUGUGUUCCUCUCUGCACCUCUCGUUUCCUGCAGCUUCGCCAGCUUUUGAAUCAUCGAGUAGAAACAGGAAAUGUCGUCGUCUUCAAAGAAUUUUGUGUUUUCCUCUUCAGUCUUCUACUGUUGAAGACGGAGAAAAUGAGGCGAACAACAACAAUUGCAGGAAUGCGAUUUUGGUGGAGAGAUACGGCAAUGGAACUUCCAGAAGGUAUGUGUUAGAUGAUGAUUCGCAGUUGAAGAGUUUUCCCGAGGAGAAGGAUGAUAUAAAGAGAGAGUCACAUAUGUCAGACGUGACAUUAUCUUGGCUUCCAUAUACUGUCAAAGAUUUUAUUCUACCUGCAGGUUUCCCAGGAUCUGUUUCAGAUGACUACCUGCAAUACAUGUUAUUGCAAUUCCCAACCAACAUAACUGGAUGGAUCUGUCAUACGUUGGUCACAUCAAGUCUCCUCAAGGCUGUUGGUGUUGGCUCUUUCACAGGCUCGACAGCAGCCGCUUCUGCUGCUGCCAUCAGAUGGGUUUCAAAAGAUGGCAUUGGAGCUCUAGGGCGCUUAUUCAUUGGUGGUCGGUUCGGAAGUCUUUUCGAUGGUGAUCCAAAACAAUGGCGAAUGUAUGCAGACUUCAUUGGCAGUGCUGGAAGCAUCUUUGAUUUAAUCACCCAAGUGUAUCCUACCUAUUUCUUACCAUUGGCUUCUCUUGGAAAUCUUACCAAGGCCGUAGCGAGAGGACUAAAAGACCCUUCAUCCCGUGUAAUUCAAAACCAUUUUGCAAUCUCUGGAAAUAUGGGAGAGGUAGCGGCAAAGGAGGAAGUUUGGGAAGUAGGUGCUCAGUGGUUUGGCCUUGCUUUGGGCAUAUUGAUCCUAGACACACCCGGUAUAGUAAAAUCUUUUCCAACAUUGGGACUGACAUGGAUGAGCAUGCGGCUCCUUCACCUUUGGUUGCGUUAUCUAUCACUUUCGGUUCUAAAGUUUGACACAAUAAAUCUCAAGCGUGCUCGUUUACUGGUGAAAUCACAUGUUUUGCGCUCAUCUGUUUUGGGAUGUGUGGAUUGCAAUAGAGAGGAAAAUAUUUUAUCAUUAGAAACGUUUACGAAGCCACGGAUCACUUUUUGCGUGCCGUUAGAGGAGAUGAUUGGUAGUGAGAGAUCUGUUGCUCAGGUGAAGAUACUUGUAAAAUUAUAUAAAAAGGAGAAGUAUUUUCUCGUGGUAAACCGACGUAAAAAAGACUUUGAGGUCUUUGUCUCAUUCAAGGUUGGCGCUACGAGUAUGUCAGUCUUACGAAGUGUAUGGCAGACUUAUUGGCUACAUGAGAACUGGGGAAGCUCUACAAAUGCAUCGGAUCAGCUUGCGCAAAGUUUACGGGAGAUGGAAGUUGGCUUUGAAGAUUUCAUGCAGCAAUUGAAGUUGGCUGGAUGGAAUACUCGUCAAAUAAAUCUGAAGGUUCCGAGGGAAAUCUCCAUUGAUGAAAUAGACAGUUUUUGAGCCUCAUGUUAAUUUUGGCAACAUAUUGUCUUUUAGAAAAUUCAGCUCUAUUUUUUCAAGGUUCUGAAAUGCCUAGCUGCCAAUGAAUAAAGCCUGAGAAAAGAAAUGGCUAAUUU